AUGAUUGCGCAACACCUGACCUCCGGAUGCUUUCGCGAUGCAAAAUGGGACCGGGGAAGCGGGACAGCAAGCAUUGAGAAUGAAAAAUCGUUGGAGGAUGAAACAUGUGCCGCAAUACCACAAACGCGUCGUGUUGGCGUGGAUGGGCGGACGGGCGAAGCCAUAAAAUGCCGCUACGACGACGUAUAUCCAUCAAUACUCGACGUUGUGCUUCGAGAUGCACUGGAUGUGGGAACCAGAGCGACCCCGGCCUCGAAGCUUACUUUUAUGGCCUCUCCGCUGAUUGUCACACCCCUGGGGGGUCAAACCGACGUUCAUUACGCACGCUACCCUACCAUCUUAUCUCCUGGACAUGGGGACAUCCCGUUAAUCCGCUCGGCGUCCGCAUUGGGCUGCAAGCUUUCGCUCAAGGUUGUUGGAAGCGAACAGACUUCAAACAUGGACGUCUCCACCCAGCUCUAUGGCGUGGAAAAGGCUCGACCACACAUGAGAACCCGGUCCCGCUGAGCAUCCAUGUCCGCUACAAUGAUGCAUGCCUGCUGCUGAUGGACCAGGUU